AUGCGACAGAACGCCAGUACAGUAGAAGAGGCGAGAGCGGCAGCCAAAGAGGCGACACAAGUGGGCAAGGCUACCCUGGAAAUGGCAAGAGAGAUCAAGAACAAAGCACCACAGCAGCAGCAGACGAACGGGCCAACAUCGUACGCUGCGGCAGCAGCAAGAGGCCUUCCACUAGCAGGCGUGAAGAUCGUUUCCUCUAACCAGCUUAAGAGCGGCGACCUCAGCGUCAAGGCAGCCACCAGCACCGAGAUCCCGACGUACGGCGUGCUCACCCACGGCAUACGCACCAGCAUAAUGAACAUGGACAGGUUCGAAGACAAUAGAAGCCAGAUCUUGCAGGACAACAGACCGUUUAUCCCGCAGGCUGAGAUCCGCCAUAUAGGAUGGCUGACUAGAGACGCUACCGCCAAGACCGCGUUGACUAUUACGAUUAAGUUUACUCGACCAGAAGACGCCAAUAAGAUUAUUGACGAGGGCCUUGUCUGGCAGGGCGAGGUGUUCCAGUGCGAGCAAUACGAGCGACAGUGCCGCGUGAAGCAGUGCUUUAAGUGCUAA